GGCGGGCGCGUGGUGUGUAUGCGCGCCGGGCCCAGCGACUGCGGCAGGGGCACGUACACCAGAACCACCCUGCGCGGUUGGUAGAUGAGCCGGCUCCAGGAGGUAGACGUGCGGCCGGUCGGGUAGACACGUUUUGAGCGUGUCUGCGGUGUUUAAUCACUACUGUGAGUGACGAAGACUUUCUGUGUGACAGUCGUGCCAUCUGGUGUCACACCAGUCAGAACCAUGUUGAGAAGACGGGCUUUGGCAGUGACAGUCGUGCUCCUCGUUCAAGGCUGCUGCGGGGCGUUCGACACGCUCUUCUCGAGAUCUAAAGCGAGCGUCAUCCUGCCCUGCGACGGCAUGACCGACCUUGACCCAGCCCAGGUCACCGAACUUGCCUGGCUCUGCUACGGCUGCAUGGAGAGCAUGAUCGUGUCGGUGGACGCGGCGAUCGAGACGAGGCUGCUGGAGUUCGUGGACGGCACGGCCACCGUGUUCCACAACCACGGCCGCAUCAGCCUCCUGCCCGACACGCUCUCGCUCAAGUACGACCCGGUCGAAGUGAAGGACAGCGGCGAGUACCACUGCCAGGUCAACGGCCGCGAGCCCAUCUCCGGCCUAAUCAAGCUCGUCGUGCAGGAUGUUCCUUCGGCACCCGGAAGGCCUCUCAUCACCAACUUCACGUCUCGGUCAGUGUUUUUAUCCUGGACUCCGGGCAGCAAGCAGAACAACAGCCCCAUCAGACACUACAUCAUCCACGUCAAAACUGGCGAACAUGGCGAGUGGAGCCAGCAGCCCAUCUCCACGCCAGAUAACCAGACAUCGUUCGUGGUGGCAGACCUGCAGCCGUUCACCGCCUACAGCUUCAGGGUGACAGCCGUCAACGGCAUCGGCGCCUCGCCAGACGGCAUCGCCUCCUACCCCAUCAUCACGCUGAGAGAAGCCCCAGCCGGGAAGCCGGCGAUCCUGGCGGCGCAUAAUACAAGCUCCACUUCGGUCCGGGUCCGCUGGAGGCCGCUGUCCAAGGAGGAGCUGCGUGGAGAGUUUCAGUUCUACAGGAUCACUUACCGGGAGCGGAGCAACGUCAGCAGCCGGAUUCGAGAGCUUCGGAUCAAGGAUGAACGUGUUCAGAGCCACACCAUCUCCGGGCUCCGUCCGUACACGCAGUACAUCAUCUCGAUACAAGUGGAGAACCCGGCUGGCCUGGGUCCCAGCUCCACGGUCGUGGUCACCACGGACGAAGGAGUUCCCGAAGCGCCACGGCAAGUGUCUGUCGUGAACGUGACAGAUACCACGGUCACCAUCUCGUGGCUGGCUCCGAAUCGCCCCAACGGCCUGAUCGAGGGUUACCGUAUCUACUUCACUACCGGCAACUUCACCAAUGCCACUUGGCUCAAGCUGCCCGUGGAUGACAUGCAGUACACGCUGAAGAAUCUAGAGCCCUUCUCCAACUACUCGAUCGCGGUGAAGGCGUUCACGCGGAGCGUGGAGGGCCGCGAGUCGGCGGCGCUGGCCGUCACCACCGACGUGUCGGCGCCGGCCGCACCGCGGCUGACCUCGCUGGCAUGUCAGCCGGACGCGGCCCUGCUGCUCGCCUGGCGACCGCCGGGCCGCGUCCGGGGCCGCAUCGACUUCUACGUGGUCGGCUACCGGACCGGCCAGGCGACGGCGCUCACGGAGCUGCAGGUCACCGCCGACUCGGCAGAGCAGGAAAGCAUGCUGCGCUUUCCUGCUGGCGCUGCUGGCCCUGGCCAUCUGGAGGUGAGGUCACUGCUGGCCCUGGCCAUCUGGAGGCGGUACUUCCAGUCGUCCUACUACUACAGCCUGGAUGAGCCGGUGACGGCACGCGCGCCCGUGACCUCUGACCCGGGCUGGGAGCUGGACGGUCCGAACGGUUCGGCCGGCCCGAUCCCUGCCGAUGCCUUCCCGGUGCACGUGGCCAGCCUACACGCCGAUUCGGACAUCGGAUUCUGCAAAGAGUAUGAUGAGGUGCUGGCGCACACAAUGAAGUUGGAACUCUCUUCGAACGUGUCACAGACCGAGGAAAACAAGCAGAAAAAUAGAUACCAGAACAUUGAUGCCUACGACCACACCCUGGUGCCCCUGAGGCCCCUUCCGGGCCAGCGGCGGGGAGACUACAUCAACGCCAACUACAUCGACGGCUUUCUCGUGCGCAACCAGUACAUCGGCGCCCAGGGCCCGCUGACCGGCACUUUUGCGGCCUUCUGGCGGCUCAUCUGGGAGCAACGCAUCCAGAUCGUGGUCAUGAUCACUAACCUGGUGGAGCGGAACAGGAAAAAGUGUGACAUGUACUGGCCGAAGGAGGGCACUCAAGUGUAUGGAGUUAUACAAGUGGAGCUUUUGGACCAGAAGGAGCUGUCGACCUAUACGAUAAGAAAAAUGCUCAUCAAACAUACAAGGCACAAGAAGAAGAAGGGCGUGUGCAGUGAAAGGAUCAUAUACCAGUACCACUACACCAGCUGGCCGGACCACGGCGUACCAGACCACCCGCUUCCGAUCCUCAGCUUCGUCAGAAAAUCGGCCGCUGCGAACGGCGCCGGCGCGGGACCCAUUCUGGUCCACUGCAGUGCCGGGGUCGGAAGGACGGGCACCUACAUCGUCCUCGACGCCAUGAUGCAGAUGAUGAAGCUCCGGGGCGCCAUCAACGUGUUCGGCUUCCUCAAGUACAUCCGCACGCAGCGCAACUUCCUGGUGCAGACUGAGGACCAGUACAUAUUCGUGCACGACGCGCUGUUAGAGGCCCUGGAGGCGGGCGAGACGGAUGUGCGAGCCACGCGGCUCACCGAGUACCUGCACCAGCUGCGCUCCUACGACCCGAACCAGUACCCCCGCUACACGCUGGACCGCCAGUACCAGCUGGUGACAUCAUACCGGCCGACGGAGAAUGACCUGGCAGGGGCCUUGGCUCCGUGCAACCAGGCGCGAAACCGGAGCGCCCAGUUUGUGCCGUUGGACCGGUGGCGGGUCCACCUCUCUCCCCGGCCGGGCGUCGAAGGCAGCGACUAUAUCAACGCCACUCCCCUGAUAGGUUACGAGAAGCUGUGCGAGUUCAUCAUCACUCAGCACCCGCUGCCGCACACGGUGGACGACUUCUGGCGAAUGGUGUGGGAGCAGAACGUGCAGACCGUGGUCGUCCUCUCGCCCAUCGACGACCAGCAUUACCCGCGCUUCUGGCCGUCGCCGGACGAUGACAUCGACGGCGACAGCUUUCGGGUGCGGUUCGUCGACGAGCCGGCGUCGGCGGCGUACGCCACCGUCGACCUGGUGCUGCAGUCGGCGCAGGACGACUACCAGGUCACGGUGCGCGUCAUCUCGUGCGCCGCGUGGCCGCACGGUGCCGCCGCCUCGCCGCACCACCUGGUGGACGCCGUGCAGCAAGCCACGCUCCAGUACCAGAACGGACCGGCGGUGGUGGUGGACAGGUUCGGUGGAACUGAGGCGGCCACCUUCUGCUGCCUGACCACGCUGUCCAAGCAGCUGGUGAACGAGAACUCCCUAGACGUGUACCUGUACUCCAAGCUGUACCACAUGAGGCGUCCAGGAGUCUGGCAGACCCAGGACGAUUUCACCAUGCUGUACCACGCCAUGGAGGGAUUGGUCCGCCCAAUACUGCCCCACUCUCCCAGCAGCCAAUCAGAAGCCGAAGCCCUUCUGCGUCCACCCAGCCUGCGCACGAGCACUAUGAGGGUACCUCCCGACGGAAGAGAGUGCUAUGUGCCUGCAGAGUGUGUCUGACGUUCUGUCAGAGACCGUACGUGACUGUCACAGCAGAGGGUGCUCCGAGCCCGCCGAGUGCCUCUGACUCUGUCAGAAGCCGUGCUCCGUUUUGAACUGCAGGGGGAACCACGCA